AUGGAAAGACUCUCUGUUGUAGAGUACUUGGCUAUGCGCUACUUGAAUGAAAGAGAGUCAAAGAGGCUGCUUCCGUAUGAUGAAGACCUUAUGGACAGAGUGAAGUUUCUUCUGCACAGGCAGAAAAAGAGACAGCGAGAGGAGACACAAAGAAAUAGAAUAAAAGAGCACAUUUAUAAGAUAGAAGCAGAUCGAAUAGAGUGGCUUAUAUCUGAGUAUCUUCUGAUGCGUCUGGAGAAAAUAAGAAACAACUUCUACAUAGAGGACUUGUCGCUUCUCUCUCCAUACGAGAAAACCUACUACCAAGAGUACAUUAAUCUUAACAAAGAGGCAGGAACAUACACAGAGCUGGAGCAAAUCCCCGCAAGGCACAGACACCCAAAGGAUCCGGCAGAGAUACACGGGGUGUACAUUCUAGACGAUGUGCAGGAUGUUUUGAUUGGGGAAGAGAUUCUAACACUGCAGGCAGGGGAGUUUCUCAUUGGAGACAUCGCAGGUUCGCAGGACUUGGUAAAUGAUCUGGGGGUCCUUUUGAUAUAG